AUUAAAGAUGGGAAAUGUAUUUUGCUAUGAAAGAGUAUAUAUAUAUAAAUGAAAAAGGAGGAAGAAAAUGUUCAUUGGAAAUAACAACUCGAAAAUACUUGUUAAGGGAUGAAAAAAGAAAUGUGUUGGGCUGAACCUAUUUUAAUUUAGCUAAAAGACCUGAGGGUUUCGAAUAAGUAUUAGAAAUAACUACAUACAUUUGCUUAGAGUUAUUCUGAAUCAUCAAUUACAGAGAUUUAAAAUUCAUUAAGAUCCAGAUAAUCUACAAGAGACCAAAGAAAUAUCUAAACAAUUAUUAAGAGAACAGGUUUUACAGAAGAAGAUCUAGUUGAAAAUUUUAUCAAACCAAAUAGAGCAUCUAUUAAUUUAAGUAUUCAAUCAAUUACACCAUCUUAUAUUUAUCAUGAGAAAACAUCAAAUGUUGGAAUGGGAGGAUCUUAAGUUAAUUUUGAAGAUUAAAUGUGUUUUUUUGUUUAAAUCACAGAUAAAAUUAAAGAACAUUUUGAUUAACCAAAUGAAUUAGGAAUAAUGAUUAUUCAUUUUAGACACUCACUAAAUUAAUAACAUAAGGAUAGUACAUUUAAAUAAUUACAUGAAUAAUUAACAUUGUUUUGUAGAACUCUAUAUGAAACAAUAGUCAUAUAUUAUGAUAUGAUUAAUUUAAAAAAGAAGUAUCAAAAUCAUGCAAUUCUAUUAAACGAAGAAACAAUGCUAAAUUUUAUUGUUAAUUAUGUAAUGUCAAAUGAAGGAAUAUAUAGAGUAAUUUACAAUUCAUUAUUGAAACAAUUAGCUUAAAUUUAAAAAUAGACUGAAGAAUAUUUUAAGCAAAAUAAAGAAAUAAGAGUAGAAGAUUUGGAUAUUCCAAAAGACUUUUAAUUAAAAGAAUCAUAAAAUCCUUAUGGUUAAGCAAUUUAAACACUCUAAAAAUUGAAUAAAAAGCUUGGGCCAUCAUCAAAGGUAAAAGUGAUAAUAAAUUUUUCAUAACAAAUUUAAUAGCAAGUUAGAGAAGCAAAUUAGAAUAGAGGUUCUAGUUUACUUAUGCAAGCUGAUGAUCUUUUACCAAUUAUCAAAUACAUUUUAAUAAAAUCUUAAAUAUAUGAUAUAGAUGUUCAUCUUACUUAUAUUGAAAAGCUGAUAACAAAUGGAAUGUUAAACUCAACAAGUGGAUACUAUGUAGUGACUUUAUAGGCAGCUUUGGCUUCUUUGAGAAAUAAUUUAAAUAAAUAAUAAUUUAAUUAAUAAAAAUGA